GGCAAACGUAUAAAGGGCCACUAUAAUUAGUGUGAAAUUCCAUUCUUCCCACGGGGGCUUGCUAGGCUUCAGAUCCCGCAAGGUGCUGCGUCUAUAAAAGAGCGCCAGUGUCCACUCCUUCGAACCUCUCACUUCCGGCGAAACCCUUUGAUCUACCGCCGCCGACGCCCACGCGAUGACUUCCCGCCACGCCAUCGGGAAGGCCCUCUCUUCCUCAUUCGAGCAACGCAGCUCUUCCAGCAGUACUAGUCUUCGUAUUACACCUUCUCGACAGACACCUCCGACAGCAAUGGCGCAGCAGCAAGAAGUCCUGGACACCUCACUGUCGGCGACAGAGCCGUCGCCCAUGAGGAAGAAGCGUAUCGAAGAGAAAGAGGAGCUUGCCCACCUGAACGACCGGUUCCUGGAGUACAUCCAGCAAGUUCGGAGGAUGAAGGAUGUCAACAUACACCUGGAGACGGAGCUGCAUACGGUGCGGGAGCAGCUGGGGAAGGAAGCCGAGUCGGUGAAACAGCUCUACGAGGCGGAGCUGUCCGACGCGCGGACGCUGAUCGACGAGACGGCGAAGGAGAAGGCGCGCCAGCAGAUCCUCAACAGCAAGAGCGUCGCCCGUAUCGACGAGCUAGAGGCAGAACUGAAGGCAGUGCAGGGCAGACUAGAUGGACUGGAGGCUCAGCUGGCAGCUGCCGAGAGAGCAGCUGCUUCCAGUGAGGCCCAGAGAAGAGCCAUGGCGGACGAGAAAAACAGGUUCCAGAAACAGGCCAAGGACCUAGAGCAUGAUGUGGCGGAGCUCCAAGCCCAGAUUGUCUCCCUGAGAGAGAGCAUGGAGGCAGAGACACUGAGCAAGGUGGACCUCCAGAACAACAUCCAGAGCCUCAGAGAGGAGCUGGCCUUCCGCAAGAAGAUCUAUGAAGAGGAGUUGGCCAGUCUCCACUCCAAGCUGGAGAAGACGACCGUAGAGAGUGUGGACCUCGGUCACCUCCUGGACUCCAGACUGGAGGCCGCCAUCGAGGAACUGAGGGACAAGAGUGAGACCGAGAUUGCCCAGUACAAACUGGAGGUGGAGGCCACUUACAAAGACAAGAUAGCGAUACUGGAGGGCCAGUCGAAGAAGGACGUAACGGCCAUUUCCAGGAUCAACACGGAGCUGCACAGGAUGAUGUCCUCUCUCGGGGACUCCAGCAGUGAGAUCUCCCGUCUCCAGAAGUCUAACGAGAAGAUGGCAAGUAUACUGAGGUCCAAGGAGGAGGAGCUGGUGUCUGCCCGCCAGAGCCACACAGAGGAGGUGUCCAAACUGGUAGCUGAGCUGCGAGGUCUCCGGGAGAGCUACGAGACCAAGAUCAGGGAGUACGAGGAGCUGAUGGACAUCCGUAUUCAGCUGGACCAGGAGAUUGCCACGUACCAAGCCCUCCUGCACGAGGAGGAGACCAGGCUGCACAUCACGGUGACUCCACCGAGGGAGAAGAGGCGGAGCCUGAGGGUCCCCAUGUCCGAGCCGGUCCCCAAGAGGCCACGCCUCCACCAGCAGCAGCAGGGGAGCAGUCCUUCACCACCACUUCCUCCGCGGGGUUCAUACAGAUCUGUGACGUGGAUCCAUCGGGGAAGUUUGUGCGGAUCAAGAACAUGUCCGCACAGAUUGAGAGUCUGGGGAAGUUCAAGAUCCAACACGAGGUGGAGGGGAGCAGCGAAGUCGUGUUCCGGUUCCACGCCAAGUCCAAGCUCCAGGGAGGACACUCUGUCACUGUGUGGGGCUCCAAGGCCGAGGGGGCUGUCCACUCUCCCCCCGACAACAUCAUAUGGAAGGCAGUGGAGAACUGGGGGUGCGGGGCGCCUGGAGAGAAGACAGUCACUAAAUUAGUGGCUCCCAGCGGAGAUGUUGUGGCGACCUUCUCCCAGAGGAGCGAAGUGAAGAUCACUCCGGUGAAGAGCAAGCAGCAGGUGUCUGGCUCUCCCUCCAGCCUGGCUGACGCGGGGUCCCUCUCCUACCCCAGUCUCCCCGAGUCAGGUGAGGAUCCCCUCCCCUCUUCCUCCUCCUCCUCCACCACCCAGCGCCCACCAGGCUCCGUCCAGAGGGUUGGAGAUGAACACAUGUUUCACCAAAAGGGUGAUCCCAGGUCCUCCAAGAGCUGCAGGGCCUCCUAAGCUCCACAAUAACCAAUAGCAAUUGACUCUCUAGUGACAACAUCUAUUAUUCCUAGCAGUAACAUUACUCAUACAGGUGGCCACUGGCAGUAGAGCUGUGGCUAUUUCUCCAACUACUGGCUGGAGGUUUGCAUGGAUCCUAGUUUUUUUCCUAAGAUACUGUAAUUUGCUCUUCUUUUGCUGACUUUGCUGUAACAUUUAUUGCAUUCCCCCCUCCCUGUCUUUCCAAAAGGGUGGAGAUUUAUUUUUCUCAAUUACUGUGGAAUAAUGACGCAGGCUAUAACAAUUGCAUCGUCAAAAGUUGAUUGUAUAAAAAUAGACGUGAUUACAAUGAUGACAUCAGGGGAGGUGGUCCAGGUUCAUGUUCC